UGGCCACACUCUACUUGGCCGCGUGCUCUUGUUUUGAUUUUUUUCGAAACACACAGACAUGGGAGGACAAGGAAAGGCUAUUAACCGCAAGCGUAAGUUCACAGGACGCAAGGCCGAUGAUCCUGAGUUCGACCUGGACAAGAAACACUUCAAGGCGCUCCAUGUGAACGCUAGCGAGAAGCGACUGAUCAUUGUUUUGGAGGGCGCACAGCUGGAAACGGUGAAGGUGCACAACACUUUUGAGCUCCUCAACUGCGAUGACCAUGCGGGCAUCAUGCGUAAAAACCAGCGGGACCCGGGCAGCUGCCGUCCAGAUAUCACCCACCAAUGUCUUCUCAUGUUGUUCGAUUCCCCUUUAAAUCGGGCUGGUCUGCUGCAGGUAUUCGUACGGACAGAGAAGAACGUGCUCAUUGAGAUCAAUCCACAGACAAGAAUCCCACGAACCUUCAAGAGAUUCGCCGGCUUGAUGGUUCAACUGCUGCACAAGUUCCAGAUCCGCGCCAGUGACUCCUCCCGUCGCCUGAUGAGCGUAAUCAAGAACCCCAUUACGGAUCACCUGCCUGUUGGGUGCAAAAAGUACGCCAUGAGCUUCUCUGGCAAGUUGAUGACCAAUUGCCGGGAGCUUGUGCCGCACGGCGAGGAGGGCAGCGCUAGCUAUGACGAGCCCGUGGUGUUGGUAAUUGGUGCCUUUGCCCAUGGCGUUCUCAAGACCGACUACACGGAGGAGCUGUUCUCUAUCAGCAACUAUCCGCUCUCGGCAGCAAUAGCGUGUUCCAAGCUCUGUUCGGCCUUCGAGGAAGUUUGGGGCGUUGUCUAGACAUUUAACCUUUUAUUUUACUAGAAUUAACUUAGCUGGUAAAAGCCUGUAACUUUCAAUCUUGCUAUCAUCUAUAAGAACAAUUUUUGUCACCUGUUAACCAUGCAUGUAGUUGCAUUACGAUGAAGAUUAAAUUAGGAACAGGAAAUAGUUUAAAUAUAUGAUCUGAUUUUAUUUGCAAAGGAGA